GAGGCGCGACUAAGAUGGCGGUGGGUUUGCGGUAGGGAAGAAAAAAGGAAAAUAGACGGCUUUUGUGGGAAAAACUUCUCUGUCUCCCCUUCCCCAGUGAACACAAGAGGAUGGUUUAUUUAUAACUAGUUAUUAUUUAUAAUAGUUAUUUAGAAAACUCUUUGUGUAAUUUGUACCGAGGGGGUGACUGAAAUAAUUCGUCCCUCGGCGCUACCCGUAUUUCCAAUAUGGCGCCGCGGGAUGUCCCUCGCGGGCCGCCGUAGCUGCUUCGAAAGGCUGAGGGGGGCCAGGAAAGAGGCCGGGCCAAGAUGGCGGCAGCGGAGGCUGUGAGGGAAGGAGGCAGGCGGCGAGGAGGAGGAAGAGUAGCAGAGGCUGCAGCCGCCCCGAGGCCUCUCCUCCGGCCGCGAGCCAUGUAAGCAAGCCCCGGGGCCCUUCUUCCCUCGCAGCCAGGAUGUUCUCGGCCCUGAAGAAGCUGGUGGGCUCCGACCAGGCCCCGCCUGGCAGGGACAGGCCCAUCCCGGCGGGGCUCCAGUCCAUGAACCAGGCCCUGCAGCGCCGCUUCGCCAAGGGCGUCCAGUACAACAUGAAAAUAGUCAUCCGGGGGGACAGGAACACGGGGAAGACCACUCUGUGGCACCGGCUACAGGGGAAGAAGUUUGUGGAGGAGUACAUUCCCACUCAGGAGAUCCAAGUCACCAGCAUCCACUGGAAUUACAAAACCACUGACGAUAUUGUGAAAGUCGAAGUCUGGGAUGUGGUCGACAAAGGCCAAAAAAUCAACCUGCGCGACUCCUUGGGGAAGUGCAAGAAGCGUGGCGAUGGCUUGAAACUGGAGAAUGAUCCUCAGGAGGCGGAGGCCGAGAUGGCCCUGGAUGCUGAGUUCCUAGAUGUUUACAAGAACUGCAACGGCGUUGUGAUGAUGUUUGAUAUCACCAAACAAUGGACCUUCAGCUACAUCCUGCGGGAGCUGCCCAAAGUGCCGACCCACGUUCCGGUCUGUGUCCUGGGGAACUAUCGGGACAUGGGAGAGCACCGGGUCAUCCUCCCAGAUGACGUGCGGGACUUCAUCCACAACCUCAAUAGGCCUCCAGGCGCCUCCUACUUCCGCUACGCCGAGUCUUCCAUGAAGAACAGCUUUGGCCUCAAGUACCUGCACAAGUUCUUCAACAUCCCCUUCUUGCAGCUGCAGCGAGAGACGCUGUUGCGGCAGCUGGAGACCAACCAGCUGGACAUCGACGCCACUCUGGAAGAGCUUUCCGUCCAGCAGGAGACCGAGGACCAGAACUACGAAAUUUUCCUGGAGAUGAUGGAGGCCCGCAGCCGAGGCCACGCCUCCCCUCUGGCGGCCAAUGGGCAGAGCCCUUCCUCUGGGUCCCAGUCGCCGGUGGUUCCUCCCCCUCCUCCCAUGGGCGAUGCCUCCGGAAGCUCCAGCCCCGGGACCCCGCUCCCACCACCUCUCCCUUUGGCCCCGCAGCACAUUGAUGGACCCCCGGUGGAGACCCCCGAGGCCCCCUCCUCCACGGUUGUUGUGGCAGCCGCUGCUCCACCUCCAAAGCGCAGCAUUAUCUCCCGGCUCUUUGGGAGCUCCCCUGCCCCUGAGGCGGCCCCAGAUCCCUCCCUCGGGCCCCCUCUUCCUCCUCCUCCCUCCUCCGGGGUCCCUCCGAAGGUGCAGAGCGUGGAGGACUUUAUCCCAGAGGAGAGCCUGGACCGCAGCUUCCUGGAGGACCCUGCCCCUCAGAGGGGCCCCAGGCCCGGUUCCAAGGCCCCCCACGCCGACAGCGACAGCGACCAGGAGGCUUCCAGAGGGAACCCGCUGGUGGCUGGCUUCCAGGACGACCUGGACCUGGAUGACCGCUUGUCCAGCAAGGCCCCUCACGCCUCCAGGCGGGUCCCCAGCAAGAACAUCACCCUGUCCAGCGAAGAAGAGGAGGAAGAGAGGCCCAAGGCUGCAGAAGAAGACGUCCCCCACGAAGAAGGGGCAAAACGACCUUCCCAAAAGACUUCCAGGCCCCCAAAGCCGUCCCCCUUGACCAAAGCCCCCGACCUGAAGACUGCCCCCUCCUUGCUCCCCACAGUGGCGCAGAGGGGCCUGGAGCCCGACGACAGCCAUCUUGUCCCUACACCCCCCUCCCCCUCCUCCUUGCUGCCACCCCACAAAGCCUGGACCCCGAAGCAGAAGGCAGGGGACAAAGGCGGGGAGUCGGAGAGUGACCCCGAGGGCCCCAUUGCCACCCAGAUGCUCUCCUUCGUCAUGGACGACCCGGACUUCGAGAGCGAGGAGUCGGACGCCCAGCGCAAGGGAGCGGCGGAGUUUCCGGUGAGAGAGGAGGACCUCUCGGACGUCUCAGACGAAGAAGCCCCUUCCAGGCCCCCUCCUCCGCAGCCUCUGAAGCCCAUCAUCCACGCCUUCAAGGCGAAGGGUGACGCAGACCUCUUUGGCCUGGGCCUGGAUGAGGCCGGCCCCAAGGAGAGCAGCGAGGAAGAGAAAGAGAAGGCAUCCUCCAAGGAGAAGAAGAAGAAAAAGAAGAGGAGCAGCAAGGAGGAGGAAGACAAGGCCUCGGGGAAGAAGAAGAGCCGCGCCAAGAAGGAGAAGGAGAAGGAGGAAGGGAAGGAGGAGAAGAAGCCCAGGAGAAAGAGGCGGAGCAAAGAGAAGGGCGGCAGCGAGAUCGACGAAUUGGAGGCCUUCCUGGGAGGGCGGGGGGCGGGGCCUACCAAGCAGCAAGGGGGCGGGGACUAUGAGGAGCUGUAGGGAGAGCAACCGCAAAAAGAUGGCCGCCAAAGAUGGGGAAUUUUGGGGGGAAGACAAAGCCCUUGGUGGCUCUUCCUGGCUUCUUCCCUCCCUCCUUUAAGACUGCUUGAAACCCCCCUCCCCCUUUCAGAAACAAAAUGGCAGAAAAAAGGCUAUUUUUCUCUCUCAGUUGAAAAAUAGCGAAGCCAAGGCCUUGCUGCUAGGCCUCUCUCAUGCAAACCAAGGGGAGCAAGUCCUGACUCCUCUCCACUCCCAAAAUAAUCAUGCAAGAAAUAAUGGCAGAACUCUUGCUCUUUGCACCCCAUAAAUCCCCCUCGAAAACAA